UACUAUUAGUUUGGAGGUGUUGCUUAUUAGUUUGGAGGUGUUGCAGUUUCUUUUAUUAUUUUUUACUGAGGACUGGUUUGGAGGUGUUGCAGGGUUAUUUAUUGAGGACUGGUUUGGAGGUGUUGCAGGGUUAUUUACUGAGGACUGGUUUGGAGGUGUUGCAGGGUUAUUUACUGAGGACUGGUUUGGAGGUGUUGCAGGGUUAUUUACUGAGGACUGGUUUGGAGGUGUUGCAGGGUUAUUUACUGAGGACUGGUUUGGAGGUGUUGCAGGGUUAUUUAUUGAGGACUGGUUUGGAGGUGUUGCAGGGUUAUUUAUUGAGGACUGGUUUGGAGGUGUUGCAGGGUUAUUUAUUGAGGACUGGUUUGGAGGUGUUGCAGGGUUAUUUACUGAGGACUGGUUUGGAGGUGUUGCAGGGUUAUUUACUGAGGACUGGUUUGGAGGUGUUGCAGGGUUAUUUACUGAGGACUGGUUUGGAGGUGUUGCAGGGUUAUUUACUGAGGACUGGUUUGGAGGUGUUGCAGGGUUAUUUACUGAGGACUGGUUUGGAGGUGUUGCAGGGUUAUUUACUGAGGACUGGUUUGGAGGUGUUGCAGGGUUAUUUACUGAGGACUGGUUUGGAGGUGUUGCAGGGUUAUUUACUGAGGACUGGUUUGGAGGUGUUGCAGGAUUAUUUAUUGAGGACUGGUUUGGAGGUGUUGCAGGGUUAUUUAUUGAGGACUGGUUUGGAGGUGUUGCAGGGUUAUUUACUGAGGACUGGUUUGGAGGUGUUGCAGGGUUAUUUACUGAGGACUGGUUUGGAGGUGUUGCAGGGUUAUUUACUGAGGACUGGUUUGGAGGUGUUGCAUGGAUUUUUACUGAGGACUGGUUUGGAGGUGUUGCAAUGAUUUUUACUGAGGACUGGUUUGGAGGUGUUGCAGGGUUAUUUACUGAGGACUGGUUUGGAGGUGUUGCAGGGUUAUUUACUGAGGACUGGUUUGGAGGUGUUGCAGGGUUAUUUACUGAGGACUGGUUUGGAGGUGUUGCAGGGUUAUUUACUGAGGACUGGUUUGGAGGUGUUGCAGGGUUAUUUACUGAGGACUGGUUUGGAGGUGUUGCAAUGAUAUGUACUGAGGACUGGUUUGGAGGUGUUGCAGGGUUAUUUACUGAGGACUGGUUUGGAGGUGUUGCAGGGUUAUUUACUGAGGACUGGUUUGGAGGUGUUGCAGGGUUAUUUACUGAGGACUGGUUUGGAGGUGUUGCAGGGUUAUUUACUGAGGACUGGUUUGGAGGUGUUGCAGGGUUAUUUACUGAGGACUGGUUUGGAGGUGUUGCAGGGUUAUUUAUUGAGGACUGGUUUGGAGGUGUUGCAGGGUUAUUUACUGAGGACUGGUUUGGAGGUGUUGCAAUGAUAUUUACUGAGGACUGGUUUGGAGGUGUUGCAGGGUUAUUUACUGAGGACUGGUUUGGAGGUGUUGCAGGGUUAUUUACUGAGGACUGGUUUGGAGGUGUUGCAAUGAUAUUUACUGAGGACUGGUUUGGAGGUGUUGCAGGGUUAUUUACUGAGGACUGGUUUGGAGGUGUUGCAGGGUUAUUUAUUGAGGACUGGUUUGGAGGUGUUGCAGGGUUAUUUAUUGAGGACUGGUUUGGAGGUGUUGCAGGGUUAUUUAUUGAGGACUGGUUUGGAGGUGUUGCAGGGUUAUUUACUGAGGACUGGUUUGGAGGUGUUGCAGGGUUAUUUAUUGAGGACUGGUUUGGAGGUGUUGCAGGGUUAUUUAUUGAGGACUGGUUUGGAGGUGUUGCAGGGUUAUUUACUGAGGACUGGUUUGGAGGUGUUGCAGGGUUAUUUACUGAUGACUGGUUUGGAGGUGUUGCAGGGUUAUUUACUGAGGACUGGUUUGGAGGUGUUGCAGGGUUAUUUACUGAGGACUGGUUUGGAGGUGUUGCAGGGUUAUUUACUGAGGACUGGUUUGGAGGUGUUGCAGGGUUUGUGGUGUUCUGCUCAUUGAUGUUCCCUAAUGAGAUAGUGGUGUUUUAUGUCUCUCUUAGUUCUCAGUACAUUUAGCUAUCUGCGGUGGAAAUCAAAACCUCUCUCUCGCUUUUAUUUUUCUCUCUCUCUUGCUUUCUCUCUCUCAAAUAUUAAAUGUAUCCCCCCCUCUACACUAUGUUCGCUCCCUAUUCCCCCCUCUCUUUCUCUGCUAGGAGAUAUAUGACAGACAUCUCACACCCCAAAAUGCAUUUCUCCUCAUUCUGCAAAGUCUGUCAUAUUGCUCUCUAUUCCUCUGGUCUUUUUUCAUUCUCUCUGUCAGCUUUGGGAAUGCGGGUGCGUGACAAUACAAAGACACUUGAUGGAACGUUUUAUAUCUGCAUUGUCACAAUAACUGAGUGAUUUUUGGUAGGAGUCUGAGAGUGAGUGUUGGUAAAGAUGUUAAGUGAGACUGUUCUCAACAGAGACAUGCAGUUAAUGCUGCAUUUUGUCUUAUAUUCAAGAGAGAGUUUUGCCUGUAAGUGUUGAACUGAACUGUGUUAAGACUGAUCUCUCUGUCUCUGUCUCUGUGUCUGUGUCUCUG